CCAUGCCUCGAAUCAACCUAGCAUCACCUACACCAUGGAUCCAAAGCACCAUCCGCGCCUUCUCCCCAUCACGGACAGGCUCCAUAGCCCGAAAAACUCUCCUCCCCACAACCGCCUACCUCAAUCCCAACACCCAUAGAAGCUUCGCCACAACCCCCUCCCUCCACAAAAAAGCCGGCAAAGCCAACAUGUCGCACGCCCGCACCGACUCGGCGCCGCCCGUCACCGAAGCCUCGGCGAACACGCCCACGGACCAGGCCUACGACCUCUCGCCGCUGGAAUCGAACAUCCUGAAAGCGAUGGAGAAGCUGACGCACGACCUGUCGCAGCUGCGGUCGGGCGGGCGGUUCAACCCGGACGUAGUUGAGGGGUUGAAAGUGCAAAUAGGGAAGGGGGAGGGGAAGGAGACGGCGAGGGUGAAGGAGCUGGCGCAGGUGGUGCCCAAGGGGCGGGUGUUGAAUGUUAUUGUGGGCGAGAAGGAGCAUAUCAAACCUAUUUCCUCUGCUAUAGCGGCUAGUCCGUACAACUUGGCGCCGCAGUCGCCGCACCCAGAUAGCCCGCUCUCGAUUCCUGUCCCUAUACCCCCACCGACGGGAGAGUCGCGGAAGGCGGCGCUAGAGGCGGCGCAUAAAGCUGGGGAGGUAGCGACGACGGCGGUGCAGGAUGCGAGAGCGGCGCAUCACAAGAAGUUGAGGAAAUUUCAGGUGGAUAAGAGUGUAAGGCCGGACGAUUUGCAAAAAGCGACGAAAAAAAUGGAGGAGGCUGUCAAGAGGGGGGUUUCGGAGGUUAAGAGGAUUGUGGAUGGAGCGAGGAGGGUGUUGGAGCAGUAAGAAUGGAUAUCAUGAUGGUCUAUCUGUUCUAAUAGUGUCCUAUACAUGUGGUCGCAUAGCCUUAUAUUUGUAUACAUGCGCCUACCACUUACCAUGCGUUUGGCGUAUUACUUUUCAGCCUGUUGGUGCCUUGAAUAUAUAAGCACUGACCACCUGCCUCCUUAGGUACAUGUAAGGCGACCAGCGACUCCAGACCACGACUACACCGCU